AUGGAGGAAUCUUACUGUUCAGAUUGCAAAAGUGUUACAGCCGUGAUAUCUGAUCAUUCUACCGGAGACACGAUUUGUUGCGACUGUGGACUCGUAUUAGAAGACCACUUAAUUGAUGAAACAUCUGAAUGGAGAACAUUCGCUGACGAACCAGCUAAUAAUGAUCCUCAUCGUGUUGGGGAUAAAUCAAAUCCUCUGCUGUCUAAUAAUGGUCUAACCACAUUGAUUUCCAUGCCUAAUAAGGGUGGCGAAUAUCCCUCUUCUAAUUCUUUUAGGCGGUUUAAUCAAGCAAAUAUGAAAGAUCCUGACAAGGGCCUUAUCGAGGCGUUCAGGCGAUUGAGGCGAUGUCUGACAGAUUGGGUCUUGUUUCUACUAUAA